ACGCGGAGAGUCUCGGCAAGGACCGGAGCGAGGCGGUCUCCCGGACUAGCUCUCGGCCACGCCCACUGUUCUGGUCACGCCCAUAACGCCUGGGCCACGCCCACAGCUGUCUAGGCCGGGGCCUGCUGCAGCCGCCCCUCCCUUUGCCCUUCAAGGCGCCCGGCCCUCCGUGAGUUGGGCUUCUCGCUGCGCCUGGACAGCCUGCUUUUAAUUUCGCCUUCCUUCCUGUCCCCUCCCCGACUCCAACACCGAGGUGGCGGGUCCCGCAGUGUCCGGGGAGCCGCACGUAUAACUUGCUCGGUGGGUCACCCAUUCCAUUGUGAAAUUCUUUUAAUUCUGCCAAAAGAGUUCAAAUCCUCUAGAAGCCAAAAUGGGACACAGUAAACAGGUUAGAAUUUUACUUCUGAACGAAAUGGAAAAGCUGGAAAGGACCCUCUUCAGACUUGAACAAGGGUUUGAACUGCAGUUCCGAUUAGGCCCAACUUUACAGGGAAAGGCGGUUACUGUGCACACUAAUUACCCAUCUCCCGGAGAAACAUUUAAUCGAGAAAAGUUCCGUUCGCUGGUGUGGGAGAAUCCAUUAGAAAGAGAAGAUGAUUCUGAUAAGUACUGUAAACUUAACCUUCAACAAGCCGGGUCAUUUCAGUAUUACUUCCUUCAAGGGACUGAGAAGAGCGGAGGGGGCUACAUAGUUGUGGACCCUGUUCUACGAGUUGGUGCUGAUAACCAGGUGUUGCCCUUGGACUGUGUGACCCUCCAGACCUUUUUAGCGAAGUGCCUGGGGCCCUUCGAUGAGUGGGAGAGUCGCCUGAGGGUUGCAAAGGAGUCGGGUUACAACAUGAUUCAUUUUACCCCGCUGCAGACCCUUGGAGAGUCCAGGUCCUGCUACUCCCUUGCGGAUCAGUUGGAAUUAAACCCCGACUUUUCAAGACCUAAUAAAAAAUGUACCUGGAAUGACAUUGGGCAGCUAGUGGAAAAAUUGAAAAAGGAAUGGAAUAUUCUUUGUAUUACUGAUGUGGUCUACAAUCACACUGCUGCUAAUAGUAAGUGGAUCCAGGAGCAUCCGGAGAGUGCGUACAACCUUGUGAAUUCUCCGCACCUGAAACCUGCCUGGGUCCUAGACAGAGCGCUGUGGCACCUGUCCUGCGACGUGGCAGGAGGGAGAUACAGAGAGAAGGGGGUGCCCGCCUUGAUCGAGAACGACUACCAGAUGAAUUGCAUCCGAAAAAUAAUUUGGGAAGAGGUCUUUCCCAAGAUUCAGCUCUGGGAAUUUUUCCAAGUGGACGUGGACAAAGCCGUUGAGCAAUUCAGAGGACUCCUCAUGCAAGGAAACAGGCAGACAACAACCAAGCCUGACCCCCAGCAGCACCUGAAGAUCCUUCAGGACCCUGAGUACAGGCGGCUCGGCUGCACCGUGGACAUGAGCAUCGCACUGGCCACUUUCGUCCCCCACGACAACGGGCCGGCUGCCAUUGACGAGUGCUGUCACUGGUUCCGGAAGAGGCUCGAGGAAUUGAAUUCAGAAAAACACCAACUCAUCAACUAUCAUCAGGAGCAGGCGGUUAAUUGCGUUUUGGGAAACGUGUUUUACGAACGACUGGCUGGCCAUGGUCCCAAACUAGGAGCUGUCACUAGGAAAUACCCGUUAGUUACCAGAUACUUCACUUUCCCGUUUGAAGAGAUGACUCUCCCAGAGGAGGAGUCCCUGCUGCACCUGCCGCGCAGAGCCUGCUUUCUGAUGGCGCACAACGGGUGGGUGAUGGGAGACGACCCCCUGCGCAACUUCGCCGAACCAGGUUCAGAUGUUUAUCUCAGGAGAGAACUGAUUUGCUGGGGAGACAGCGUGAAGUUGCGCUAUGGGAAUGGGCCGGAGGACUGCCCCUACCUGUGGGCCCACAUGAAAAAAUACACGGAAAUAACCGCGACCCACUUCCAGGGGGUCCGCCUGGACAACUGCCACUCCACACCGCUCCACGUCGCCGAGUACAUGCUGGACGCUGCGCGGAAACUGCAGCCCAAUCUCUACGUGGUGGCGGAACUGUUCACGGGAAGUGAAGACCUGGACAAUGUCUUCGUGACGCGGCUGGGCAUCAGCUCCUUGAUAAGAGAGGCAAUGAGCGCACAUAACAGCCACGAGGAGGGCAGACUGGUUUACCGGUACGGGGGCGAGCCCGUGGGGUCCUUCGUGCAGCCCUGCCUGAGGCCCCUGGUGCCGGCCAUCGCCCACGCCCUGUUCAUGGACAUCACCCACGACAACGAGUGUCCUAUCGUGCACCGAUCGGCCUACGACGCCCUCCCGAGCUCCACCGUCGUCUCCAUGGCGUGCUGCGCUAGCGGGAGCACCAAAGGCUACGACGAACUGGUGCCUCACCAGAUUUCAGUGGUGUCCGAAGAGCGGUUCUAUACCAAGUGGAGCCCCGGGGCCUCCCCAUCAGACACCGGGGCCGUCAGUCUCCAGAGCGGAAUCAUUGCAGCCAGGCGCGCUGUCAACAGGCUCCACCAGGAGCUGGGGGCCGGCGGCUUCACUCAGGUGUACGUGGACCAGGUGGAUGAGGACAUAGUGGCCGUGACGAGGCACUCUCCUAACAGCCAUCAGUCGGUGGUGGCUGUGUCUAGGACCGCUUUCAGGAACCCCAAGACUUCCUUCUACAGCAAGGAAGUGCCGCAGAUGUGCAUCCCUGGCAAAAUCGAAGAAGUAGUUCUUGAAGCUAAAACUGUUGAACGAAAUACAAAACCUUAUAAGAAGGAUGAAAAGGCAAUCAAUGGAAUACCUAAUAUCACAGUAGAACUUAGAGAACACAUUCAGCUUCACGAGAGUAAAAUUGUUAAACAAGCUGGAAUUACCACAAAGGGACCCAAUGAAUACAUUCAAGAAAUAGAAUUUGAAGACUUAUCUCCAGGAAGUGUUAUUGUCUUCAGGGUCAGUCUUGACCCACAUGCACAGGUCGCCGUUGGAAUCCUUCGAAACCACCUGACACAGUUCAGCCCUCACUUCAAGUCCGGGAGCCUGAUGGUGGACAAUGCAGACCCCGUGUUAAAAACCCCCUUCGCUUCCAUCGCCUCCAGGCUGACCCUGGCCGAGCUGAACCAGGUGCUUUACCGGUGCGAGUCCGAGGAGCGGGAGGACGGGGGCGGGUGUUACAGCGUGCCGAACUGGUCACCUCUCAAGUACGCCGGGCUUCAAGGACUGAUGUCCGUACUGGCGGAGAUAAGGCCAAAGAAUGACCUGGGGCACCCCUUGUGUGACAACCUGAGGUCCGGAGAUUGGAUGAUUGACUACGUCAGCAGCCGGCUCAUCGCCCGCGCGGGGGCCAUCGCCGAGGUUGGCAAAUGGCUGCAGGCCAUGUUCUUCUACCUGAAGCAGAUCCCGCGGUAUCUCAUCCCCUGUUACUUCGACGCAAUACUGAUCGGCGCCUACACCACCCUUCUGGAUGCCGCCUGGAAGCAGAUGUCCAGCUUCAUUCAGGACGGCUCCACCUUUGUGAAGCACCUGGCGCUGGGCUCGGUGCAGAUGUGCGGCGUGGGCAAGUUCGCCUCCCUGCCGCUGCUGUCGCCAGCCCUGAGGGACGUGCCCUCCCGGCUCAACGAGGUGACAAAGGAAAAGGAGCAGUGCUGUGUGUCCCUGGCGGCAGGCUUGCCUCAUUUUUCCUCUGGCAUCUUCCGCUGCUGGGGAAGGGACACGUUCAUCGCGCUCAGAGGUCUGCUGCUCAUUCCCGGCCGCUACGCGGAGGCCAGGAAUAUCAUACUCGCGUUCGCUGGCACCCUGAGACACGGGCUCAUCCCCAACCUCCUGGGGGAGGGGACCUACGCCAGAUACAACUGCAGGGACGCCGUGUGGUGGUGGCUGCAGUGCAUUCAGGAUUACUGCCGUCUGGUCCCCAACGGCCUGGACAUUCUCCAGUGCCCCGUGUCCAGAAUGUACCCCACGGACGACUCCGCCCCUCUGCCCGCCGGCAACGUGGACCAGCCGCUGUUCCAGGUGAUCCAGGAGGCCAUGCAGAGGCACGUGCAGGGCAUCCAGUUCCGGGAGAGGAACGCCGGCCCACAGAUAGACCACCACAUGAAGGACGAAGGUUUCAAUGUAACCGCAGGAGUGGACGAAGAAACGGGAUUUGUUUACGGAGGAAACCGCUUUAACUGCGGCACGUGGAUGGACAAAAUGGGCGAGAGCGACAGAGCCAGGAACAGAGGCAUCCCCGCCACCCCGAGGGAUGGGUCUGCUGUGGAAAUCGUGGGCCUGAGUAAGUCUGCCAUUCGCUGGUUGCUGGAAUUGUCCAGAAAAAAUAUCUUCCCUUAUCAUGAAGUCACAGUAAAAAGAGAUGGAAGGGCGGUGACGGUCUCCUACGACGAGUGGAACAGGAAAAUACAAGACAACUUUGAAAGGCUGUUCUACGUGUCCGAAGAUCCGUCUGACGUGAAUGAGAAGAACCCCCACCUGGUUCACAAGCGCGGCAUAUACAAGGACAGCCACGGGGCGUCCAGCCCCUGGUGCGACUACCAGCUGCGGCCCAACUUCGCCAUCGCGAUGGUGGUCGCCCCUGAGCUCUUCACGGCGGAGAAAGCGUGGAAGGCUUUGGAGAUGGCAGAGAAGAAGCUGCUGGGUCCCCUUGGCAUGAAAACUCUGGAUCCAGAUGACAUGGUUUACUGUGGGGUCUAUGACAACGCCUUGGACAACGACAACUACAACCUCGCGAAAGGUUUCAACUAUCACCAAGGACCGGAGUGGCUGUGGCCCAUUGGGUAUUUUCUUCGUGCAAAAUUGUAUUUUUCUAAAUUGAUGGGUCCCGAGGCGAAUGCAAAGACUGUGUUUUUGGUUAAAAAUGUCCUUUCUCGGCACUAUGUUCAUCUCGAGAGGUCCCCCUGGAAAGGCCUCCCGGAGCUGACCAACGAGGACGGCCAGUACUGCCCUUUUAGCUGUGAGACCCAAGCCUGGUCCAUCGCUACCAUUCUUGAAACGCUCUACGACUUAUAGUUGGCUCGCUGCUCUUUAUUAAGUAUGCAGUCUCUUGUAUUAUGGAUGCAAGGACAUAAUAUAAUGUAAUUGCUCAGUAUGCAAGCUCAAGGCAGAUAAAACCUCACUCAUGUGCUACUGAUGCACCGUUGGGUAAAAACCCUGUGAAAGCAUCAGUGUUUCGUUAUUUAAUGUGCAGAGCCGUUGACUUAAGUCAGAGAGAAAGGCAUCGUGACUAAUGAGAAGUUUUUCUUUUGAAAUCAAUAAGAAUUCUUCAAACGCCUCCAAAUAACAAGUUUGGAAAAAAGAGAUCAUGUCAUCUGCUAUUUGGACAUAAAGUGAAAAUGAAAUUAUGAGGAUGUACUCAUGAAAAAGACGGGAAAAAAAUAAAGGUAAUUGAGGCAUAAAGAGAAGAAUCAGGAAAACUAGAAAAACAUUUUUUAAGUCUGCUCUAUGCAUUGUCUUCAGUAGUAACGGGUACUGAAUGGGCUGUGCUUAAUUAACGGUCUCACCUUCCACUGCGGUGCUUCUCGCACCUUCCACACUGCACUCAGUAACUGUGAAGUGAGUGUCCAGUGCUGGACGUAUCCACCCCCAACACACGCUCACAAAAGGGCACAGGUGUUCACAUGUGCUUUUAUUUUUUCGCUGAUACAUUAAUGUGUUUUCGUAUAACGAAUGCCAUCAGUAUAUUUAACAUAAUUGUGCUAAUAAUGUGCAGGCUAUAUGAGAAAUGCCACAAAGUGUUAGGAAUUUAUUUCCUAAAAACAGUUUUGUAAAAUUAAUAUUGUUUCUGUGUCCUACUAUGAGAUCGUUUACAUUUUUAAAAUGCAAAAGGUUUGGCAUAGUUAUGAGAACUUUAGAGAAAAAAAUGCUAUAUUAAUUUUCUAAAACUUCACUAUUUUUAGUUUGUGUGUAAAAGGUAUUGAUGGAUCAUAGCAGAUUCUGGUUCCUAGGCACCACAACCUACCAUUGACAAAUUUUAAUAUAAUGAAAAUACAGAUAUGAAUUCAGUAGUGAUCUUUAAUUCAAUAAAAUCAUUUGAAAAGUUUUCCAUGUUAUUUUAAGAUACCUUAAACCUGAAACAGUCAUAAAACAAAAAAGGUUUUUAACGUUUUUGUGAUUUGACUUUUUGAAUAGUACUUGUUUUCUAGGUGGAAUUUUUUUUUUUUACCAUUUUACUGUUUUUGUCUCAAGAAAACAUUUCAAACAGAUUGUUAUACUUUCCGUUGAAAGAAAGUCGUUGCAGAAGUCCUUCCAUUACUACAUAAUAUUAUUCAUCUGUUAUCCUAGGGAUAACAUCUGGGGUUAUCCUCAGCAGGGCAAAUAACCCACCUCAGUGAAUUUUUGAGACAUUGUGUUGCUGCAAUAGAAAAGUAAACGGUUAUAUUCCUAAUAAGGAAUAUGAAUGAAAAAAACACUGUUGCGAUCCGCAAGCUCCAUUGUAAAGUCUCAGAAGGCAAGUCAUGCAUUAUUUCAUCCAAAGUAUUUAAAACAACAGCUCCAGACUUGAGAGGGAUAAAUGUCACUAGACUAAAAGUUGUGUACGCAGAACGCCACUUUCCCGAGUGAUGUUGGAUGAGGCUCCUUUAUGUUACAUUUGCAGAAGGGCUCUGGCCCGGGGUUCUUAUGAAUGCAAAUCAGUGUCCCCUGUAACAGGAGAAGGGAAUUUGCCACUUUAACCAGCAUGCUAUGAUCGCUUAUUAAGAAUCAGAGAUACUGGAGGAGCCACGAGACCUGUCCUGUCUGUGGACCUUAGGACCUCUGUGUGUGUCACUCCUUUCUGAUGUGUCCUCAGCUGGCCUCUCUGGGAGGCAGGGGUCGUUUUUGUGUCUGUGUGCUGAGAAAAUAAAAUCUUUUCUAAAGGUCUA